CUCACCUUUUAAUCCCUCAAAUCACAACUGAGAUAAAACAAUGGACUUGUAAAGUUUGUGUUAUUGAAAAGUUGAACACAAGAGAGUCAAAGACCAAACCCGGAACCUUGUACAAACCUAUAACAUUUCAAGAUGAAGCGGGCAACAAAGUUCAAGGAAUGACUUAUCAGAAUGAUAUUGAACUGCUUGAUGAAAGGCUCAAGUUAUACUCCACAUAUAUUAUCUCUAAUGCAUUAGUCUCUCGUGCUAAUGAAUUUUUCAAUGUCCCAGAUGAGAAAUAUAGGUUUGUUUGGUCAAUUAAUAGAAAAACUCUUAUACAAGAUGUCGAUGAUGAUCAACAAUUGGAUUUGCAACCUUCUUCUGACAUAGAUACAAAACCAUUUGGACAAUUGUAUGCCCACAAAUCUAAAAGACACGCAAUCAAUAUCAUUGGAGUUGUGAUUUCUAAACUACCAAGAGAAUUUAUUGUCACCAACCGGACAGGACAACAAAAAGCUAAUGAUUUUGUAAUGGUUGAUGAAGAGCUUAAACCUAUCAUUUUCACAAUGUGGGGAAAUUUUACGGUUUAUCAAGGGAUUGAAAUUGACAAAGAACUCCAAUAAGGAGAUUAUCCAGUUGUUCUUGGAAGAAGGAUUACUGUCACCCCAUAUCAAGGAAUUUCCUUAUCUACAAGAUCUGAUUCUGGUGUAGAAGUGAAUCCGUUUGGUAAACGUGCUGAGGCUCUUAAAGAAUGGUAACCUAAAU